AUGCCACCAAAUGUGCCACUAAUGGUGAUUCCACUUGCUUGGUGGUGGGGUGUUGCCACAAAUGGCAAUAAAGCCUUAAUCUGGACAGUGUUGGUUUUGAUCCGGGACUGGAAUGGCAAUGGCAAUGGUCUCUGUGUGGGAAAUAAGAGGAAUGGAACUGGGUGGUUAUGGCGUUUGAAGGAAAUGGAUCAUGAAGGCUUUGGUUUUGCUCAAUCAACUAAUGUGGUUCUCCAGGAUUGCAAAAUCGGAACAGGUGACGAUUGCAUCUCGAUUGUCAACGGUAGCUCUGCGAUUAAGAUGAAGGGAAUAUAUUGUGGACCGGGACAUGGAGUCAGCAUUGGAAGUCUAGGGAAGGACAACUCAACAGGCAUAGUCACAAAGGUGGUCCUGGAUACUGCACUUAUCAGGGAGACAACGAAUGGCGUCAGGAUUAAGACUUGGCAGGGAGGUAAUGGUUAUGUUCGCGGGGUACGUUUUGAAAAUGUCAGGAUGGACAAUGUUGAUAACCCCAUCAUCAUUGACCAAUUCUACUGUGAUUCCCCGAAAUCGUGCCAAAACCAGACAUCAGCAGUGAGAAUUAGCGAGAUCAUGUACCGCAAUAUUAGUGGCACUACAAAGAGUGCAAAAGCGAUGAAGUUUUCCUGCAGUGACACAGCUCCUUGCAGCACCAUAGUCCUGAGCAACGUAAACUUGGAGAAGGAGGAUGGCACAGUAGAGACCUACUGCAAUUCGGCCGAAGGCUUUGGAUAUGGCAUUGUUCACCCAUCAGCUGAUUGCUUAACUUCCCAUGACAAAGACUAUAGUUUCUUCGAGCAGACAGAAGUUUCCCAAGACUACAUUCUCAACGACGUGACGGAAGAAAAGGUUGAGCUUGCAGAUUCCAACAACGACCGCAUUGUUCAUACUGAACUUUGACAUGGCCUCUUAUUGUAAUAAAACUAUCCUUAUUAACUAUAGUAAUAUACUAAAUUGGGUAAAUGGAAUGUAUAGAAUACAAAUAGAUAUUUCUUGGAGGAGGAUUGAGGUGCCCAUGUUCGAUUUUUUGGGAAGUUACAGGUAUUCAUAUAUAGUCACAGACCAACGAAAGCAAUUAUGCACCUGGGAUUUUAAAUAUUGUGUAUAUUUUGAUUACAUGUGCCUGCAUUAUUUGAAGGUUUGUCAUAAUUGCAAGUUGGAACAUUUGUAAUGAUUUUUUGUUGUUUCGGGUUUCAAAUUCUAUAAUGUAAGUCUCUCUCUUUUUUUCCUA